AUGGAAGAACUCUCGGAGAUCGUCCAUAGAGGGAGGAAGCACCACUUCAUUAUAGGGAUUGCCGGGCAGCUCAAGGACUGGUACUUCGAUGAAGUUGGCGUAGAAGAGUCUGACAAGCUUGGUGAGGACAAUGCAGGAACAGGUGUAGAGGUAUCCCCAGUGCCACUUUGCCAUGAAGAUGAGAGAUCAGCCUUGUUGCAAUUCAAGGAUAGUUUUAUCAUAAACAAGUCUGUUUCUCUUUAUCCUUUUGAGUAUCCUAAGGUUGCAUCAUGGAUUAAUAGUGAUUGCUGCUCGUGGGACAGGGUUGAGUGCAGCAAGGGCACAGGUCAUGUUAUCGAACUUGAUCUCAGUGUUGGCAAUCUUUCGAGGUUAACCUAUCUCAACCUCUCCUACUCCAUGUUUUCAGGACAAAUCCCCUCAGGAGUUUCACACCUCUCCAAGUUGUCUUCCCUCGAUUUGUCUUCUAAUUCUGAUUUAUAUACUCAAAGUGACCUGGGAAGUUUAGUCCAAAACUUAACUAGCCUAGAACAACUUUUACUCUCUUUCGUCAAUAUCUCGUCCGCAGUACCUGAAAGUUUGGCAAAUUUAUCUUCUUUGACAACUCUAGAUUUAAAAAAUUGUCAAUUGCAUGGAGAAUUUCCAACAAAAGUUUUUCAACUACCAAACCUACGGGUUCUUAGGAUAGGAGAGAAUCAGAAUCUCAUUGGUCAUUUGCCUGAAUUUCACUCUACUAAUUCUCUUGAGGUUUUGACACUUAGGGGCACAAGUUUUUUUGGUCAACUACCGACUUCAAUUGGAAACUUAAGUUCUUUACAGGUUUUAGGUGUUCGGGAUUGCCAUUUCUCUGGAUCUAUACCACCUUCACUCAAUAAUCUCUCCCAACUCACUGAUCUGGAUCUUUUACGCAAUAAAUUGAGUGGGAUGUUGGAGUUAGACAUGUUUCUUAAGAUCAAAAGUUUAAGUCUGCUUCUGUUAUCAAACAACAAUUUGACAUUGCUAACCAAGGCCAAUUCAAUUGACACUCUAGCACAAUUUCACACUUUAGCAUUGGGUUCUUGCAACUUACAGAAGUUUCCAGAUUUCUUGCGUAACCAAAACAAAUUGAGUUGGCUUGAGCUGGCAAGCAACAAUCUCCAAGGUCUAAUCCCCAAAUGGUUGUAUAAUACGAGUUUAGAAACUCUUCAGGCUAUAAUUAUUUCUGGAAAUUUUCUAAUAGGCUUUGAGCAAUCUCCAAUUGUUCUCUCAUGGUCUAAACUAGAAAUUUUAGAACUAGGCAAUAACUGGCUACAAGGAUCACUCCCCAUUCCACAACCAUCUAUCAAGAUUUAUCGUGUCCAAAGGAACUUGAUAAGAGAAAUGUCACCAUUGAUUUGCAAUUUGAGUUCACCUUUAGUACUUGAUUUUUCCUAUAACAACUUCAAUGGCAAGAUUCAUCCAUGCUUAGGAAACUUCAGUUCCUUGUCUGUACUUCUACUACAAGGCAACAACUUCCAUGGCAACAUCUCAAAAACUUGGGCAAUGGGGAGUAGCUUAAAGAUGAUUGACUUAAGUGAAAACCAAUUCCAAGGUCAGCUACCAAGAUCAAUGGCAAACUGUAUGAUGCUAGAGUAUCUUCAUGUUGGUAACAAUCAGAUCAAUGAAACUUUUCCCUUUUGGUUGGGAACUCUUUCUCAGUUGAAGGUUCUUGUCCUCCGUUCUAAUGGAUUUCAUGGUGGAAUAAAGAGUCAUAAAGCCAAUUAUGCAUUCCCGGAGUUGCAUAUAAUUGAUCUCUCUCAAAAUAAAAUCUCUGGAAAAUUGCCUGUAGAGUAUUUCCAAAAUUGGAAUGCCAUGAAAGUUGUUGGUGCAAAUGAUCAGUUGAUAUACAUGAAUGUAUGGUUUGUCGGCCGAGACGGGUGGGGUUAUCCUGUCCAAUACACAGUUACAAUGAGAAACAAAGGCAUAAGGUUGGACUAUGAGAAAAUCCAAGAUGUGUUCAUGAUCAUUGAUUUCUCGAGCAAUAGAUUUGAAGGAGAAAUUCCAGAAGUUGUGGGGAGUCUUAAAGGUCUUCAUUUGCUAAAUCUUUCAAAUAAUGCUCUCACUGUUCAUAUCACAUCCUCUUUAGGGAACUUGACACGUAUAGAAUCAAUGGACCUUUCCCAAAUCAAGUUGUUUGGAGAGAUACCUCCACAACUAACACAACUCUUUUUCCUUGAAUCCUUUAAUGUCUCCAACAACCGUCUCACAGGACCUAUACCACAUGCAAAUCAAUUUGACACAUUUCAGAAUAGUUCAUUUGGAGGUAAUCCAGGAUUGUGUGGAAGCCCGUUAUCAAAUAAAUAUGUAGAUUUCAAGCACACUCAGACUCCACCUUCUCACUUUGAAGAGAAUGAAAGCUCAGAGUCUCCAUUUGAAUUUGGUUGGAAAGUAGUUGCUAUAGGGUAUGGAUGUGGAUUUGUGAUAGGAGUUGUUAUUGGGCAAAUUGUGAUUGCAAGGAAGUAUGAUUGGUUUGUGAGGACUUUUUGA